CUUGCAAGGGCUAGUCCCGCAGGAGGCCGGGGGAGGCGAGCCCCUCGGGCGGCAGGUUUCCCAGGGGCAGUCGAUCGCGACGUCGAUCUUUCUUUCCCCCUCCCCCUAUUCCCGAUCCCUUCUUCGCUGGCGGGGAGGAGGUGGAGGCGCCCGUUUGGGGUUCGACCCCGGUGCCCCAACGCCACCAGCCCUGUCGGGCUCUCCGGCCGCCUCCCUCCGGCGCGCUCCCCUUUCUUCUCCCGGCUCGCCUCCGCCCCGCCUGCUCCCACUCGCAGCAGUGACCCAAUAAAGCUAUUUUGAAAGUGACCCCCGCAGCAGCUCAGCCCAGCCGGCAGCAGCUGUCGGAAAUCAUGACUGAAGAUGACGGAUUCCGCGGUGGUGGUGGAGGGCCCGCUCAAGUGGAGAGACGGCAAAAAGGUCCCCGGCGCCAAGCUCCCCCCGGCCUGCGUUUUCGGGCUGGGGGCUGGGGGGUCGGGCGGGGGGUCGGGGGGCUGCCGGUGGGGCUCGGCGCGGGAGAGGGGCUCGGGAAGGCGCGCCGCUCCCCGCCACCAACGCCUUGUCUCUCUUUCUGUCUCCGCAGUGGAAGAACCGAUGGGCGGUGCUGCGCAAACCUUCGCCGGUGGCGGGUGAGUCCGGGAGCGGGGGGGACGGGACAAAGGGGCUUUUCGCUCUUUCCUCCUUGCUUUUCCCCCUUCGCAAUGCGACGCGCGAGAGGGUUCCGCGGGCGCGCCGGGAGAGCGAGGGGACCCCGUGCGCCUUGGGGGAGAGAGGGCAGCCGGCGCCGCGGCGCCCGGAGCCGAAGGGAAGGAGGCGAGGAGCGCGCUCUCCCCAUCGCCUCUCGCCCCCUCGCUGCCCUUGUCCGUCUCGCGGCUCUUCCUUUCCCCUUCCUGUUCUGGCGGCCGGAGGGCGCGCUAAUUAUAGAAAGAGGAUAUGGAAGGGGCCUGGAAGCCUGCGCGGAUCAGUUGAUCCUCCUCUAUAAAAACCAAAUCUUGGAUUCAGUUUCGAACCAUUUCUAUAUUAAGAAGGCCAUGCUAUGGGCCGGGUCCUCUCAGUCUGCUGCUGUAUAUUAAACACUAGCUGCGGGGCAUAAUAUAAAUAAAUAAACACAGCGUAAUAUAAGAUUAUCCCGCUCCUAGUUUUUUUCUGAUGAAACCGUCUACAGUAUAGGCUAGCUGCCUUUCAAAAGACCCACACCUUUCAAUUAACUAAUUCCACUUGCAUUCUUUUCUAGCUAGUUACAUGCUGCCUCCAUUUGUCUCUGUUCUUCAGCCUUUCCUUCCCAGUGACAAUUGCCUCUUCUCUAUGUAUUCCCAUACCAUUCUUCCCAUAAGAAAUGGCUGUGAUAAUGAAUGGAUAGGCAGAGCUUUCUUUUUAAUGCAUGUAUUAUAUUGGGUUUUUGAAUAUUAAAAUUAACUUAUAUUGGAUUGAAAUUCAUGCUGCAAUAAAUACUGAAAUACACUUGCCUUCCCCCUGUUGGUAAUCCUGCAUGGAUAUGUAAAAAGUACAGUUUCAAGAAAAGUUCAUAAUUUUAUUUUAUUGCCAUAAAUUAAUCUUACUCAUGUUGAAUGGAUAACAAAAAAUUAAACAAACUUUCUUAGGUAAAACGUGUUAUUCCAGCAACCUCUUUGGAGACCUCUCAGAAUAAUUUACAUUUUUGGAACAAUAGGUAUCAUAAGUGGAAUUAUAUAUCACAUAACUUUUAUCCGCUCUUUGAUUAGAGGUUAUCUAUCUAUCUAUCUAUCUAUGAGAGACAUUUUUGUAUAUGCUGUAACAUUUUUAAAAAAUGCAUCAAGAGCUUUAUGUCACAUAAAAAGUGUGUGCCAAUAGGUUCUCAAUAUUAAAAAUAAAAAGUAAAAGUGGAGGAAAGCACACACCCCCAAAUGACCUGUAACUGAUCUUUAUGGUUGCCCAGUUCUAGUAAGGUGGACAUGCUCUAGACAUUUCAGGGUAAUCCUCCCACCCUUGUUGCAUCAGAAUGAGAUAAGGCCGGCUUGAACUUUGACUCCUCUGCUGGAGAGGAGAUCCCAGUCUCCAGAAUUGCCCUGCCUUACAUCUCAAAAGCAGGAUCUGUGCUCUUCUUUUUAUGCUCUCUUUUAUUUUAAUGACACAUCUUCAACAAGGGCUUAGGUUUUUUUCUUUUAAAAAGUAUGGUGCAGGUGAAGAUAGGUGAGCUCUGUGGGGGCUGAGUCUUUUCUGCCAUCCGUUUCUGGCUUGUGAUGGGGAGGGAGAAGCAGAGUCUAGAUAAGGCAGAUGCUACAUCGUUUUGCGGCAGUUCUUCUACUUCUCCCCACCCUGCCAUUUCUUCAAAGGAGUCAGUUGGGGCUUGCUUUUCUUUGGGGAGCACUUGGCAGACAAGAAUGGAGAGGGUAUGCUUGAGCUGUCUGCUUCUUUCCUAAACUACAUGAUUGCAGGAAGGCAUUUUCCUUGGCCUUUUCUGUUGCUCUAGGGCAGCAGGGAAGUGGAUGAACUUGAAGUACACCUGCCCCUUUCUCUAUCCUGUUACACCAUCCCCUCAAGUUCAAGUGGACUGGGCAGAGAGGAACAACUGGGCAGAGGGGGCACCAGAGUUUGAGAAGGAUAUUGACAAGCUGGAACAUGUGCAGUGGAGGGCGACCAAGAUGAUCUGGUCUGGAAACCAAGCCUUAAGAUGAAUAGUUAAAGGAGUUGGGUAUGUUUCGCCUAGGAAACAGGAAAAUGAGAGGAGAUAUGAUAGCCUACUUCAAAUAUCUGAAGGACUGUCAAUCGCAUGGAAAAUGGAGUGAGCUUGUUUGCUCCUGCUCCAGAUAGUAGGACCCAAUCCAAAGAAUCCAAAUUACAAGAAAGGAGAUUCCAACUAAACAUCAGGAAGAACUUUCUGAUAGGCUAUCUCAGAAUGUGGUAGACUAUCCUUCACUGGAGGUUUUUGAACAGAGGUUGGAUCUGUCAGGUAUUAUUUGCAGGGGGUUGGACUAGAUGAUCCUUGGGGGUCCCUUACAACUCUAUGAUUCUAUCAAAAGGAGGUACAAUUCCUCAGCCUUUCUGUUUUUACUCCCAUUUUUCUCUCCUGCCUUUGCUGCCUUCUCAGGGCUGAGCAAGCAUAAUAGGCAAUAGACACCUGCGAAGUUGCAGUCCCUUGCCCUUGGGCUUUCUUCCAUUUGACUUCACCACUGGCUUAUCUUCAGGAGUGACAAACUACACUUUCCCCUAUUCUCAGUGACAUGGGUAGGAUGCAGUACCCUUGGGUACAACGCAGUGGUGGAGGCCUCAAAGGGUUUGCCUUAUAGGGGAAACCUCAAAGGAUUCGCAUAUGAAAAUGCACUGACUUGGUUUUAAAUAAGAGUUUUGAGGCCUCAGUGACUAAGCAACUUUAGUCCCACUUACCUGAAAAUAAGUCCUAAUGAAUUCAGUCGGACUUACUUCUGAGUAGACAUGAAUAGGAUUGUGCUGUAACUCAGCAUUUGCUAGGGUGGAAACAGGAGCUGCUUCUCCCAUAUUUGUUACAUAAUACCACAAACCUCGCAGCAAGAUCUAUGGCAGCCAAUGGUCCUUUAGCAGCUCCAUCACUCAGAUGUGGAUCCCAUCUUCCACUUCGUAGGCCCUUUUUUCUCAGGAGUGAAGCUCUUCGGUAGUUCCUUAAAGAAGGUCCUCAUGGUGACUAAUGAAAAGAAGAAAGCCUUGCCUAAGAAGAAGAAAAGGCUACACAGUGCCAGUCCUCUCAGGUCUUCAGUCAACACUAAAGACUCAGAGAGACUACCAACCACAAGUCUAAGUGACAACAUCACAAGACUUUGAGCAUUUAAUUGUUUAAAUGCUAAAUUGCUUAUUUUAUUAUACUGUCUAUAAACCAUGUGUCAGAUGCGGGUGGUGGUUGCUCGUGAGUAACCAGGCAGGACUCCAAGCUGUCUUUUACAGGUUUUAUUGGUGCAAACUAUUUACAGUGCAGAACCACAAAGUUCAUGUCCGUCUUAGUCACUUGCAGAUUCCGGGAGUGGCCCCUUCCGGUUUCUCCCCCAACACAAGAACUUAGACACCCUGAAUCUCUGCCUCCCCUCUUUACGUUUCACCCCUCUGCGUAAGCUGGGCGACAGAAAUGUUAUGUGUGCCUCCUGGCCAGCCGGGCUAGGUGAGGCGCUUGGGCUCUCAGCAGCAUCUUCGAGCCCUCCCUUUGCUUGGCUGCCCCCUUCCCUCUCUUCUCCACUGGAGGUGUGGCUUUCCCCACUGCUGGAGGAGGAGCUGCUCCUCAGAAGCAUCGGAGGCUCUCUGUAUCCCCCUGCCUCCCUCCCCUGUUCCGAUGGCAGUCCCCUGAUACCAUGAUAAGAACGUUUGAAAAAAGAAGCCUGUGCAUUGAAAAUAUGGAAAUAAAUAAUUAUUCUCAUUCUAGUGCUUUGGUAGUAGCAUGUGAAAUGAGGGUGAUUUCUUUCCUGCUUUCUUCAGAACAGUCACAGUGACAGAACUGGGAAGAGAUAUAGACAAUAUAUGUUUAUUUUCUGAAUAGCUAACAAAAGAUAGCAUUAGGAUAACGACAUAGAUUUUGUUUUAACCCAUAAAUUCAUGUUGAUAAUCUUGCGGAGUGGUGGAAUUAUUUUUUCCACAAGGUGAGAUGGCUUUGUAGAACAUGGCAAUGUUUGCACACCUGAAUUAGCGUAGUACCUGUAAUUAUUCCUUUUGUAUCUGAUAAGUGCUUAUAUAUGGUGCUUUAUCAUCUAUAUUAUCUGAUUAGGAAAUGUUUCAGGAAAUGAGUCCUGGUUAAUACUAAGGAUAAAUUCUGAUCAGCAUGAGAAUAAAUGUUGCAAUGCAUCCAUACUUUGUAUUUGAUCACAGGCUUCCAUCUUUCAGAUUGCUUGCUUAUGCUUAUAUACAAGGAAAGAUCUGAACGACUGAAGGGGCUGAAGGAGAGGAACAGUGUGACUUUGGAAGACAUCUGUGGCCUGGAUCCUGGGCUUUGUUAUGAGGGUCUGAAUCACACUCUUGCCAUCAUCUGUUUGAGUCAAGUUGUUAUGCUGGGCUUUGAAAACAAGGAAACCAUGCAUGCCUGGGAUCUGCGCAUUCGCUACAGUUUAGGUGAAGGUAAUGUUUGCUUCUUUUAAACAUAUGGUUCAUUUGGUUAAAGCAAAAAUAUUGUGUACAGGAAUGUGCUUUUGGUGCAUAAGGGAAUUUCUGAAGUACUUUGUGAUAUACCGUAUUUUUCGCUCCAUAAGACACACCUGACCAUAAGUUGCACCUAGUUUUUAGAGAGGGAAUUCAAGAAAAAAAAAUUAAUUAAAGGAAGCGCUGAGCAAAACCUGUAUGCAUCCCAGGCUCUGCUCAGCGCUUCCUUUCACGAGCUGCACGGAGCGUGUGUGCGGCGCUUGCAGGCAUUCCCCUGAGGAGGGAGAAGGGUAGCCCGUCUCCCUCCUCGGGGAAAAGCCCCCAAGAGCCACACACACACUCCGUGCGGCUCUUUAAAGGGAGCGCGGCUCUUGGGGGCCACCUCCUGCAAAAGCCAGGGAUAGUCGCGCAAAGCCUCCGCAGGGCAGCAGGAUGAAGGUUCCCCGCUGCCCUGCGAAGGCUUUGCGCCGCUAAGGCAGAAGCUAAAACAGCUAGAGGGAGCGCUACGCAGCACUUUCUCUAGCUGUUCUGGCUUCUGGGGUAGCCCGCGAAACCUCUGCAGGGCAGCGGGGAGCCUUCAUCCCACUGCCCUGCGGAGGCUUUGAGGGCUACCCCAGAGCUGCUUAGGAGUGUGGGGCAUCUGCGCGCAGCCUGCCUGCUGCUCCCAGGGCUGGCGGGGGAAGCCCAGGUUCCCACCCACCCAGCCCCAGGGACCACACAUUCGCUCCAUAAGACGCACAGACAUUUCCCCUUAGUUUUUAAGAGGAAAAAAGUGUGUCUUAUGGAGCGAAAAAUACAGCAGCUUUGAGACCAGAGAGGGGGGGAAAAAAUUAACAAUUUUACUAGCCUAUGUGCAAACCUAAACAACUGUUUGGCUCCCAUGGGCUUUGUAAACCUAGCAUCAGUGACCAUUUAUACAUAUCAGCAAAUUCAUUCAUGUACCUCUGCUUUUGUGAAGGUGAAUAACAUGGAGUUAUCUCAUAGCUCUGAGCCAUCCCACAUUGGUCCAGAAGUACUGUGAGUCCACUAUGCUUCAGAGACUACAUAACUCUUGCUUUGUGUUUUGGUUGAAUCAUGCUUCCCCUUAUCCUAUUUUAUUUUAUUUUUGUUUUUUUACAAUGAUAUUGUUAACAUAUGAUGGUUCCCUGGUCCUUGGUUGCCUUCUACAAUUAGUUUGGCUACUUGUCCCUCUUUUCUUUUGCUUUUUAUAGCAUCUCUCAGGACAGAGAUUGGGAACUUGUGGCUCUCCAGAUGUUAUUGCACUAGAAAUCGCAUCUUUGUCUGGGGCUGAUGGGAGUUGGAGUGCGACAACAUCUGGAGAAAUGGAGGACCAGAGUUUCCCCAAUCCUAUCUUGGGGCUGUUGUCAUGACUACUUCAUCCAUAGCUGUCAUGUAAAAAAGUCAGUCUCAUGAAGCUUGAUGGUCUCAGCAUUUUACGCACCAUUGCAAAUCAACCUGAAUAUGAGUGCUGGUAUGCAGGAGCUUGAAGCUGGCACACCAGAAAGCUGUGUUAUAAGGAAAAAUUUGGGUUCUUAACGAAUAUCUCCACCCGUUGAUGCUUAAUUCCUACUCCCUACUUCUCCCAUGCAGAUGCCCCCUAGGUCAUUUCAACCAUCUGUGACUCUAAGACUGGAAGUAGGCUUAGGUAAGGGGAAAGCUACAAGAGGAGUGUUGCUUCACUCGCUCUUGCUGAUUUAUUUCUCCCCUGCAAGUGUCCCUGUACCACUGAGAUGAUAACUCACUUGAUGGACUUCACUUGAUGGAGAGCAGAUUUUCUGAAUAGUUGUGACUCGAGUACAGUGGUACCUCGGGUUACAUACGCUUCAGGUUACAUACACUUUAGGUUACAGACUCCGCUAACCCAGAAAUAGUGCUUCAGGUUAAGAACUUUGCUUCAGGAUGAGAACAGAAAUUGUGCUCCAGCGGUGCGGCAGCAGCAGGAGGUCCCAUUAGCUAAAGUGAUGCUUCAGGUUAAGAACAAUUUCAGGUUAAGUACAGACCUCCGGAACAAAUUAAGUACUUAACCCGAGGUACCACUGUAUAAGUGAGAGUGUGGUGUAGUGGUUAAGAGUGGUGGACUCGUAAUCUCGGGAACCUGAUUGGCGUCUCAGCUCCUGCACAUGCAGCUGCUGGGUGACCUUGGGCCAGUCACACUUCUCUGAAGUCUCUCAGCCCCACUCACCUCACAGAGUGUUUGUUGUGGGAGAGGAAGGGAAAGGAGAAUGUUAGCCGCUUUUGAGACUCCUUCGGGUAGUGAUAAAGUGGGAUAUCAAAUCCAAACUCCUCUUCUUCUUCUUUUUCUCUCCCCCACCCCCACUUCACAUCUUGUUAAAAUGCAGCCUUCCCUUUGUUGCCAUUAAAUUAAUGUCUUUUUCUGUGAAAUAUGAAAAAGAUUGUUUCAGUACAGUGGUACCUCCGGUUAAGUAUUUAAUUCAUUCCGGAGGUCCGUUCUUAACCUAAAACUGUUCUUAACGUGAAGCACCACUUUAGCUAAUGGGGCCUCCUGCUGCUGCUGCGCCGCCAGAACACGAUUUCUGUUCUCAUCCUGAAGCAAAGUUCUUAACCCGAGGUACUAUUUCUAGGUUAGCAGAGUCUGUAACCUGAAGCGUCUGUAACCUGAGGUACAACUGUAGUUGGAAGUUCUUUGUUUUCCCUAUGAGCCAUCAGAGUAAAUGAGUUGCUCUUAAAAUAUUCAGCCCUUUGCUGUUAUAUAUUUAAAAAUAGAAUUAAAAUAAAAUUGUAAUGAAAUUACAGGAAAAGAGGUUACCAGCACCAAGUUUUAUUUUAUGUCUUGUAGCUUUGCUAAGCGUCAUUAUAUGAACAUGGAUUAGCAUGAACAUUUUUAUGUUAGUGGUAAUGAAACCAGUCUUCGUGCACAUUUUACUGUUUAAUUAAAGGUAAAGGUAAAGGUACCCCUGCCCGUACGGGCCAGUCGUGUCCGACUCUAGGGUUGUGUGCUCAUCUCGCUCAAGAGGCCGGGAGCCAUCGCUGUCCGGAGACACUUCCGGGUCACGUGGCCAGCGUGACGAAGCUGCUCUGGCGAGCCAGCACCAUCGAGCACACGGAAACGCCGUUUACCUUCCCGCUAUAAAGCGGUACCUAUUUAUCUACUUGCACUUAGGGGUGCUUUCGAAUUGCUAGGUGGGCAGGAGCUGGGACCGAAAGACGGGAGCUCACCCCGCCACGGGGAUUCGAACCGCCGACCAUGCGAUCGGCAAGUCCUAGGCACUGAGGUUUUACCCACAGCGCCACCCGCGUCCCAUUACUGUUUAAUUAUUUUUGGCAAAAUGAUUAAAUUAAUCCCUUGUACUUUCAUUUCUCCCUCCUUCUGAUAGUUCACAGGUUUCAUGUUGUGGUAGCACCAGGAACGAAACUGGAGAGUGGUCCAGCAACUCUCCACUUUUGCAAUGAUAUCCUAGUACUAGCAAAAGAUAACCCACCCUCUAUCAUGGGACAAUGGAAACUCUCAGAUCUGCGACGCUAUGGAGCUGUUCCUAAUGGAUUUGUCUUUGAAGGAGGAACUCGGUGUGGUUUCUGUGAGUUUUCUGCACUUAAAUUUUGAUUAGCUUUUUGAAUAUAGAAAAUUGUAGGAUGAUAGCAUCUCAUCAGUUAGGGAUCUGUAUGUAAGAAUAUAUACCGUAUUUUUCGCACCAUUGGACGCACAUUUUCCCCUCCAAAAAUGAAGGGGAAAUGUGUGUGCGUCCUAUGGAGCGAAUGCAGGCUUUCGCUGAAGCCUGGAGAGCGAGAGGGUCGGUGCGCACUGACCCUCUCGCUCUCCAGGCUUCAGGAAGCUCUGCGCAACCCUCGGAGACCGACUCCGAGGGUUGCGCAGAGCUGCCUGCAGUCCCGGGCUCAGCGCAGCUCUGCGCGGCCACCGGGAGCCGGGCGCGAAGUCCCACCCCGCUCCCGAUGGCCGCGCAGAGCUGCCUGCAGUCCCGGGAUUAGCGCAGCUCUGCGCGGCCAUCGGGAGCCGGGCGCUAAGUCCCGCCCCGCUCCGGAUGGCGGCGCAGAGCUGCCUGCAGUCCCGGGAUCAGCGCAGCUCUGCGCGGCCAUCGGGAGCGGGGCGCGACGUCCCGCUCCGCUCCGGAUGGCGGCGCAGAGCUGCCUGCAGUCCCGGGAUCAGCGCAGCUCUGCGCGGCCAUCGGGAGCGCUCCGGAUGGCCGCGCAGAGCUGCCUGCAGUCCCGGGAUCAGCGCAGCUCUGCGCGGCCAUCGGGAGCGCUCCGGAUGGCUGCGCAGAGCUGCCUGCAGUCCCGGGAUCAGCGCAGCUCUGCGCGGCCAUCGGGAGCGGGGCGCGAAGUCCCGCCCCGCUCCGGAUGGCCGCGCAGAGCUGCCAGCAGUCCCGGGAUCAGCGCAGCUCUGCGCGGCCCCCGGGAGCCGGGCGCGAGUCCCGCCCCGCUCCGGAUGGCGGCGCAGAGCUGCCUGCAGUCCCGGGAUCAGCGCAGCUCUGCGCGGCCAUCGGGAGCGCUCCGGAUGGCGGCGCAGAGCUGCCUGCAGUCCCGGGAUCAGCGCAGCUCUGCGCGGCCAUUGGGAGCGCUCCGGAUGGCGGCGCAGAGCUGCCUGCAGUCCCGGGAUCAGCGCAGCUCUGCGCGGCCAUCGGGAGUCCCGCCCCGCUCCGGAUGGCCGCGCAGAGCUGCCUGCCGUCCCCGGCUCAGCGCAGCUCUGCGCAGCCACCGGGAGCCGGGCGCGAAGUCCCGCCCCCCUCCCGAUGGCCGCGCAGAGCUGCCUGCAGUCCCGGGAUCAGCGCAGCUCUGCGAGGCCAUCGGGAGCGGGGCGCGAAGUCCCGCCCGCUCCGGAUGGCCGCGCAGAGCUGCCUGCCGUCCCCGGCUCAGCGCAGCUCUGCGCGGCCACCGGGAGCCGGGCGCGAAGUCCCGCCCGCUCCGGAUGGCCGCGCAGAGCUGCCUGCAGUCCCAGGAUCAGCGCACUUCUCGCCAGCCCCACAAGCUCAGGGGACAGCGGGGAGGCAGAGCGCACCUUCCCGCUGUUCCCCGACCUAGUUCUUCCAGCCCCGCACCUGGGGGGGAAAUAAAAAUAUUUUUCUUUAUUUCCCCCCCCAAAAAACUAGGUGCGCCCUAUGGGCCGGAGCGUCCUAUGGAGCGCAAAAUACGGUAUAUUAAAAAUAUUAGGGCUGCAAAUAAAGUGGCAAAAUGGUCCUAAAAUAUAAUGUUCUAUUAUGUCUGUGAACAACUAUGGGGCUGUGGAACUGUGUGGAUGUGCAUUCUUCUCAGAAAGGGGAGGUUUAUUUGCACAGCUUGACAUAUCCCACCCCAUUCUAUGGCUUUUAGUCACAUUGGCUAGCUGUGCCCCUUUGAUAAUGAAUGUAUUCUCUUCCAAGAACUGGAAAAACAUUAUUCUGUCAAGUAAUGUAGAGCAUUCAUAGGGCAUUGUAGACAUCAAUAAAUUAGAGGUAAAAUGAAUUUUUGUGAGGUUUGAUUUUUGUGUUGAACUAUGAAUAUGGAUGAACCUUUCAAUACAGCUAAGCAAAUCUCUCUCUCCCUCUCCCUCUCCCCCUCCCUCUCUCACUCACACACACAAUCAAAAUAGUGUAUUUUCCCAUUUUUUAUGUUAAUCACAGUUCAAACAGACCUAUGCAAAUGCCCCCCCUCCCGAACUUAAUGUUUAGGCACCAGGGAAUUUUGUAGUCCCUUUAGGAGCAAGAGAACUGUGCAUUCUCAAAAUUUGUCAGAAUAAGCUUGGAGAAUCUCCUUUAUACACUUUCUGAAAGCCUUCCAUCUUCCUUGUACAGAAAUAAUGAUUUGACUCAACAUUGUGAAAUUUACCCAGUUAAUUUCAAUUGCCUCUCCAGCUUUGUUUAACUUUGAUUCAGUGAUUGAUUUUGCUGAUUUAUUAGCACACUCACAAACUCUUGAGUCUAUUUCUAAAUAAAGCAUAUUUUAGGUUUUGCAAGGUAAUUUUUUAAAAGAAAGAAAUGGUUUUUUUCAAAGGGAUUUCCAAGUUUUUUUAAAAAAGAAUUUUUAAAUUGAGCUGUUGGAAGAACAAUAUUCUUACUCUGUAAAAUGUUUUUUUUUAAUGGAUAUUCAACUGCUGUCCACUAUAAUGGCUCCCCCUAGUGAGUAGCAAAGGAGGCAGCUAUUUUUAUGAGUUUGAAUUUUCCAAAAUUCACCUCAGAACAGGUGUUGGGGGGGGCAGGAAACGGCUCCCCUGCAAAAGAAUUUUGUCUCCCUGUCAUUAAAAUGUUUCUUAAUAAAAAUACCCCAUUUGAAACAGCUGUGAACCAGUCCAUGUCAGUUUAUUACAGGAUUUGGGAGCUAACCCUGUGGACUAUUUUAGGGAUUGUGUGGUUUCCUGGAGCCUUAAUAUCCAGAUUUCAUUCACUUUAUUCCUAUGUCUAGAAUGUGGAUAAAUAUUAGAUAAUGUUUCAGGGGGGAUACUUGAAACAGACUGAAAAAUUAAGAAUCAUUUUUGUCAAUGAAAUAAUAAAAAAGACUUUUUGGAUUAUUUCUAGAAAAAAAAUAAGUAGUAAAAUAAUAUUUAAAAAGGAAAGGCAGUUAAAAUUUCAUUUUGAAAGCAUUUUAUCACUAUUCAUUCUAGACUGUAAUAAUAUAUUCAAAAUGUUUGAUAGAAGAUCGGGUUCUUGUUUCAUUGUGUCCAAACCACCGUAAAAAAAAGCCUUCUGCAACUAUGUGGUUUUUGCUAUAUUUAAUUAUCCACUAAGACAAGAGCCCAAUAAUGUGUUGCCCUUCACAAACAAAAGUUCACAAUGUAGCGCAAGAUAGCACCUUUUCCUCUCUGGUUCAGGAAUUUGACCAAAACAGCAACCACAAGUCCAUAUUAUUAUAGUGCUUUGGUCUAGUACAGAAACACUGUACACAGGUACACAGGUUAAGAACCUCUGAAAUGUGACCGCUUAAGGAUAAGAUCUUUCUGGAAGCAAUUCUAGAGCCAGCAUAGCAUAUAGAUUGCUCCUUAGGUUCUUUUGAUGUUGCAUAAAUAUGCCAAUGUGUCCUUCAUCCAGAAUUUAAAAUCGUCCUAAACGUUUUGCUUUCUUUCAGGGGCUGGUGUGUUUUUUUUAUCUUGCAUGGAAGGAGAAAAGAUCAGCUUUCUCUUUGAUUGCAUUGUUCAUGGCAUCUCUCCAAUGAAAGGCCCUUUUGGUCUACGUCCAGUCCUGCCAGGUUAGUUUUGGAUGUAUAGCAUAACUAGCACUUUUUUCAGCCGGAACUCAGUUCCAGCACCUCCCAGGUAGGCGCCAUUGCCAUUAUAAGAGAACAAGGGGUGCAUUUAUAGUGAGUUCUGGCACCUCUUUUUCUAGAAAAAUAGCACUGUGCAUAACCAUGUAACAAGGGAGUUUAGCUUGUAUAAUAUAUUUCACUUUGAUUGGAAUAAGAGGUUCUGGAUGCAUAAAAUGUUUGUCAUCAUUAAACAUCAAAAUACAAUUACAUGUACAUUUUUCCUUGGAUUGUCUAAAUAAAAGGUAUAUAUAUAGUUGCAUAGGUAAAGAGACCCCUGACAGUUACGUCCAGUCGCGAAUGACUCUGGGGUUGCGGUGCUCAUCUCGUUUUACUGGCCGAGAGAGGCGGCGUUUGUCUGCAGACAGUUUUCCCAGGUCAUGUGGCCAGCAUGACUAAGCUGCUUCUGGCAAAACCAGAGCAGUGCACGGAAACGUCGUUUAUCUUCCCGCCGGAGCAGUACCUGUUUAUCUACUUGCACUUUUUGGUGUGCUUUCGAACUGCUAGGUUGGCAGGAGCUGGGACUGAGCAAUGGGAGCUCACCCCAUGGUGGGGAUUCGAACCGCUAACCUUCUGAUCGGCAAGCCCUAGGCUCUGUGGUUUAGACCACAGCGCCACCUGUGUCCCAUAUAGUUGCGUAAAUGUUUAUAAAUGUUAAAAAGCUAGAGGGGGACCCAACUUUAAUUUCAGAUGUUGAGUUGAGUUGCAUCACACUACUCUGAAAAUUAACUUGUUAAACUUUGACAUAAUUGGAAGUUGCCAGGUAAUUAAUUUUGAAAGUAAAAAUUUUCCUUGCUAGGCAACCAUCAAGAGCAUUGCUAUUAGUUCAGUUUAGUAUCAGGUGAAUCAUAGGAUCAUAGAAUUGUAGAGUUGGAAGGGACUCAAGUGGCAACUGGUCUAAUGCCCUGCAAUGCAGGAAUCUCAACUACAACAGAUGACCAAACAUCCUCUGCUUAUAAACCUCCAAGGAGAGUCCACUACAUUCUAAAAAAGUCCAUUCCACUGUCAAAAAGCUCUUACUGUCAGAAAGUUCUUCCCGAUGUUUAGUUGGCAUCUCCUUUCUUGUAAUUUGAAACUAUUGGUUCAAGUCCUAUCCUCCAGAGCAGGAGAAAACAAGCUUGCUUCAUCUUCCAUGGGACAUACCCAACUCCCUCAACCAUUCCUCAUCAGACUUGGUUUCCAGACCCUUGAUUAUCUUGGUCACUCUCCUCUGCACAUGUUCUAGCUUGUCAAUAUUCAGUAUCCAAUUGUGAUGCCCAGAACUAGACACAGUACUCCAGGUGUGGUCUGACCAAGGCAGAAUAGAGUGGUGCUACAUCCUGAGAAUGGCUGACUGGCAGGCUAAACCAAGUGAGGGUAGCCAAUGGAUCUUAAAUCCUUGGUGAGUUAGGGACUUGCCCUGCAUGUGAAGACAGGCUCUGGUGGAUUGAGCAGAAGAGACCCACAGUGGGCCAAUGGUCAAGAAGGCAGCGACUGCUGUCAAGGGAAGUAAGGACAGAUGGGGCUCAACCUCGGAGAAGCAAAAUUCUGAUCCUAAACCUCCGCUGCCUUUUGGGAUAUCUUUGGGAGAAGAAAAGUCUCAGGAGUAAACCCUAGACAAAUCCAGAGUGGAGUCCCUAAGAUGGUUGGAUACACUCCUUCCAGCAACUCCUGCAGCCAAGCUGAUGCCAAACAUAUUCCUCUGCUUUUCUUUGGACCACCUCAGCGAGGCCAAGGGGGCGGGUUGUUGCCUGGGCAGCCCAGGACCUCCAGACACACUGCCCAUUCUUGCACCCUGGGGAGGUCACUUUGGUGCUGUUAACGCAAAGGUUAGACUUCACCCCUGGAGGCAGACUCCAUUGUCUCUCAAGACAGAUGGAUGCCAACAACAACUGGUUGGUUAGAAGGAAACAAUCAUAUUGUGUAGUUUGAAAUACAUGAAUACAUUAUUAGCACCCCAAAUUUUUAGUCCAAGCAUCAUUAGUUCAGUUGUAUCUCAUAGAAUGAGACAAACCUUGAAGAAACAUGAUUUACAGGCCAAUUCUACAAGUGUUGACUCAGCUGUAAAUCCCAGUAGGCUCAAUUGGGCUCACUUUCUGAUAGGUGUGCAUAGGAUUUCAGCUGUUAAAUAUUUAGAACAUUAACACUUAAACUUCAAAGUGGUUCAAGAAAUCACUGUGUGGUCUUCAACAACCUAGAUUAAAAUUUGUGCAUCCUACCAGAUUAAAUGAGGGCAUGGUUGUCACUGAAGGGAAAGUAAUAUCUGAUAAAUGGUGAAAAUAGCAUUGAUGUCUAGCUAUUCAAAUAUAUUUUUACAAAUGUAUUAACUGUAAUAAUUACUGAAAUUCCUGACUGGAAAAUGGAAGAACAAGUAUUGUUUGCCAAGAAGGAAUUAUGAAUUUAUCAUUUUACAGUGGUACCUCGGGUUAAGAACUUAAUUCGUUCUGGAGGUCCGUUCUUAACCUGAAACUGUUCUUAAUCUGAGGUACCAUUUUAGCUAAUGGGGCCUCUGGCUGCUGCCGCCGCACAAUUUCUGUUCUCAUUCUGAAGCAAAGUUCUUAACCCAAGGUACUAUUUCUGGGUUAGAGUCUGUAACCUGAAGCGUCUGUAACCUGAAGCGUCUGUAACCCGAGGUACCAUUCCUGGAGGGAGUUAUUAGCAGCUGAUAUUAAAAACCUCCCCUUCUGAUGCUAUGUGUAAAGAUUUUGGGUGGCAGGAAAGAACAGAACUCCAGUACCUUGACUAUAAAGCAACAAAGUGCUCAUGUUUAAGGUUCGCAGGCAGCCUUGAUGCUUGCUCCAGGUGCUCUACUUAGACUAUUAAAGUGGAAGCAUUUUUUUUUUUACAGCUAGGCCUCAGUUGUGAUUUGUUACUUUGGUUUUGAUUUUUUAAAGACCCCAGCAUAAAUCCUGCAUGCACGGAAGAGAGAGUGGCCCAUGAAGCUUUGCAGUUAGAGAAGCGACUCAGCCUUCUGUCCCAUACAAGUUAUCAUGGGAGUGCAGGUAAGGACAAAGUACAUCAUCCACCUGGGCAUUUGAUCCUGUUUUCUCAGGCCUCUGACAUAAGGGGUGGUGGCACGGGGGCCCCAAGGCCUCUCCAGCUGACUCACCAACCACUUUUCCCGGGCCCCACAGCCUCUGAGGCCCCUCGCCUUCUGCAGCCCUGGUUCCAAGGCUGAACAGCCACUUCCCCCUGAGCAGCAGUACCAGAUUGUGGGAGGCAUGAAAUUUCCACCGCCCCUGUUUGUGAUGUCUCCCCACCUGCUGCUGCUCCACUGAUUUGCAAGAACAAGUGGGAAAGGGGGGGGGGGCAUGGCUGCCCACAGAGGAGGGGGUUGCUCUCUUUCCUCAUGGGCAGGUCACCGUGUUUCUGUGCUAUUGGAAAAAGGGAGGACUCUCCAUGGGGUGUUUCUCUCUCAUUGAUCUCACCCACUGCAGGCUUUCAAGCCCCUAGAAGCUGGCCAGGGAGUGAAUGUGCCCUCAAGUGGUGUCCCCUUACCCAAUAAAGGGCUUUUCCGCACUUCCUGUUCCCCACAUCUUUCCCCCAUGGAAAGCACUCAGUCAGAGCAAAUGGGAAUUUGGGUUUCCCCCAGGUUGCCAUUUGUUCUGAUCUCUUGCGAGAGCAGGUUUUACUUUGGAAAGGAGCAGCCGGGCAAGGGUGAAAGCCCUUGGACAUGUGUUUUCUAGGCAUCACACAAGCGGAAGUGCGGAUGAGCCCUUAAAAGGUAAAGGACCUCUGACAGUUAUGUCCAGUCGCAGACGACUCUGGGGUUGUGGCGCUCAUCUCGCUUUACAGGCCGAGGGAGCCGGCGUUUGUCCGCAGACAGUUUUUCCGGGUCAUGUGGCCAGCAUGACUAAGCCGCUUCUGGCGCAAUGGAACACUGAAACCAGAGCAGUGCAAGGAAACGCCGUUUACCUUCCCGCCGGAGCAGUAACUAUUUAUCUACUUGCACUUUUGGAUGUGCUUUUGAACUGCUAGGUUGGCAGGAGCUGGGACCAAGCAAUGGGAGCUCACCCUGUUGCAGGGAUUCGAACUGCCGACCUUCUGAUCGGCAAGCCCAAGAGGCUCAGUGGUUUAAACCACAGCACCACCUGCAUCCCUGGGACGAGCUCUUAGACUCCUCAAAAUAGCUAAAGCUAAAGUCACAUCUAGGCCAUGGCUUUAGACUAGAGAGAUGAUGAGAUGAAAUUUGUCAUUGGGUAUAUUUGCCGUUCUUCAUUCUCCUGUAGCAGUUGUGGGGUACCUCUGGCCUAGUGGCCUAAUUAGGUUUGGCAUGAAUCAUAAUUUUGUCCACACCUGAUGUCACAUAUGAUGUUGGGCUGGGGCAGGUAGAGACAGGGCUUCAAAGGGACAACUGGAAGCUUUGUGUGAGCUUCUGGCGGUUCCUUUGCAAGUGGGGCUCCUUGUCAGUGUCAAUCAGCCGGAUGAUGCUGACAGGGUCCCGUUCUGGAACUGGCUGCACUAGGAAGUUUCCCACUGGAAAAUCCCUAAUGCAGCCAAGGGACUUGGUUUCUCUAAAUUGAGUGUUACUCCCCUCACAGAUGUAGUGAUCUAGAACUCCCUGAACUGUCAAAGUCAGAAGUAUGGCUGAUAACCCAGCUAUCAUCUUUCUUUAUAGUUCAGCCAUUUCCACUUGAAUCAUCAAUCUCCUUUCUUUCAUCCUAGGUGAUGACAGAAGCUUAUCAAGUUCAUCUUCGGACACAAGCCAUUCUGAUGCUAGCAUUGGGAGCAGAUUGACUAUUUGGGCAGACCAGUCUUCAGCCAGUACUUCUCAAGAAAGUCAUGGAUUGCCUGCAGCAAAGGGAAUUCAUCUUGGGGAGGAGAAGGCCCAUUCAGAAGGUGUCCGCAGCAUCACCAAACCACCUCCUAAGCUGCUUCGAUCCAGACAACUGCAAGAAAUAGGCCGCCAAAGUUCUUCUGAUAGUGGGAUAGCUACUGGGAGUCAUUCUUCUUACUCAGGAAGUUUUUCCUCAUAUGCUGGGAGCCUGGACAUUUGCCGUGGUGAUGAAUUUGGAUCAUUGUUGAGUCUGCCGCUGAACCUCCCUUCAGACCAGAGUAUAUGCACUUGUCCACCAGGUGAUCACCUGAGGAGCCCUGGCCUGGAGUACCAAGUUCCCAGUUCCCUUAGACACGCCUAUGACACACCCAGGAGUUUGCUACAGGUAGCUGCUAAAGACACACAAAGUUCAAGUUCAGAUUCCUCAUUAUCCAAGGGUGAAUCAUCUCAAGAAAUUAGUGACCUCAAACUGCCAUUGCCGCAUCUGGAAGCAGAAGCUUCUCCUGAGCACAGAGGGGAAGGGGGCAUGCAAGCAGCUGUCCCCCAGGAACAUGCCAAAGACUCAUCACUUGAGGCAAGCAUAGAUUUUGUUUCAAGGUGGUCACAUAUAAGACAACAAGCACAAUUGUUAGAUUCUAGAAGUACUGAUGUGGCAACAUUCGUUGGGGUCUCCAGCAGCCCGUGUGAACUGUGUAGCUCUCCUUCUGGGACAACUCGAGCUUUCUUUUCACCUUGCCCGGUCUGUGGAGGGCUAAAGGUAAAUCAUUGUUCUGAGCACAUGCUAGUCUUGUUUGUAGAAUUGUGUGCAUUUUAUGGGCGGAUAAAUGCUACUAUAUAUGUGCCAAUGGUAGCUGAAAUCAGUUCCCGUCAGGAAAACAUUAACAACAACAGGUAAAUGUUAUUUUAUUCAUUACAUUUAUAUCCAACCUUUCGUUCCAUUGCAUUCAGGGUGUCAUGCUUAAGGUUACUGGGUGAUUUCCCAUGCAGACAUUGACCAGCCCAGGUUUGCUGAGCUUCAGCCUUCAUACCUUGUCCCAGGACUAUGUGGAGGGCACCUUGCACGCCUCCUUCCAGCAACUCCUGCAGCCAAGCUGGGGCCAAAUGGAUUGCUCUGCUUGCCUUUGGUCUUGUCAUCUGAGCAGUCAUACACACUGCCUGGGCUUGUGCCCCGGAGAGCUCACCUUAGUGCUGCUAACACGGUUGUUUGGCUUCACCCCUGGAGGUACGCUCCACUGUCUAUUGAGACAGACAAGUGCCAAUGAUUCUUUUCCCAUUUUGGAGGGCCAAAUGUUCCUGAAGACAACUAUUAAGUCUGUAGGAGGAAUCAGUUUGUUCCAUCAGAAAUAACUGAACAUAUGUUCAGACUUUUAUUAAAAUAAAUUGUGUUGGGCCAUUCUGAGAUGGCCUGUCUUAGGGUAUGGUUCCUGCCAGCCAGCUCGUAAUUCAACUGAAGAUUGCCCCUAGUCCAGGAGUGGGAACCUUUUCUCUAUAAAGGGUCAAUGGCACUGGCGGAGGAAGAGGAGUGCGGGGGGAGUGCACCGCCCCCGGCAGCACGAUCCUGGUGGGGUGCCAUCGCGGCUGCCCCCCUGCCCGCACUGGGUGCCACACCCCCGCAGGCGGCGUGCCAUGCUCCCAGGACACACCAUGCCCCUGCGGGUGGUGCGCCACGCCCCCAGGAUGCACAACAUGCCCCUGCGGGUGGCGCACCAUGCCCCCGGGAUGCGCGCCAGCCAUGCCCCUGCCUGCUCUUCGCCCCCCGGUGCCGGAGCAUGAAGCUCCGCCACUGGUCAGUGGUGCAAUAGGUCAGUGUGUCUCGCUGUUAACCAGAAGGUUGGUGGUUUGAGCCCCCCCAGCGACAGCUGUGGGCAGGAUUCCUGCAUUGCAGGGGUCCCUUGGGGGUUCCUUCCAGCUCUGGUGCUAUGAUUCUAUUACCCUCUGGAAAAGCCAGUCAAGGGCUAUAACUGAUGGUGGGCCAAGCCAGAGCCAAAAAUGAGCGGUAUUUGCAGCAUUUUAGAGCUCGCUCGCUCUCUGUGCCACCUUGACUUUGAAACUGGGCCUAGCGUUGCAUGCUGCCUGGGAGCCAUCGGGCCCCUAGCCCAAGGCAUUAGUGUUAUUGUACCACUUGCUAUAUCUAGAUGUUCAAGUGGAAAGUUUCAUCCUUUUAAACAAAAGUGAUUCAGUUCUUUGUCUCUGCAAAAUCUUUAGGUGAGCAGCUCCACAAUGUAACCAUGCCUUAUUGCUCUGGCAUUUUAGCUCCUUGAAUGUGGCCUGAAAAUGAGACAAAACAUGGUACUUAUACUAGUGAAAAGUUUAUUGCAACAGGUUGGGGGAGCAUGAAAAAAGUUGGGCCAAGUACACUAUAAAGUAUUGAGUAAACAUCAUGGGUCAUUCAUAUAUAUAAUUCAGAGUCUGGUUACUGUGCUGGUUAAGAAUAUAUGAAGUACCAUAACUGAGGAACUUUAAAUAUAAUGAUCUUACUCAGCUGUCACAGUCUUGCUUGUGUCAUUUCCCCCUGCUGUUCCUGGCGACUUCUUGACUGACUGGUUGCUUCCAAAGGCCUCCAGACAGAGACCAUUGAGAAGGGGGAAGUUUGGGAUGCCACUGUAAUUUUAGCUUUUCUAAUAAUAGGGCAGUGGUGCAAAAAGUGUUAGGCAAAUUGACCAGUCCUCUUUCAGAAUUUGCCAAGGCCUGAGAUGGGCAAAUGGGAGGACUAGUAUCUCUGAAAAUGUGCCACGUUAGAAAUUAAGUGCUUAGCGUGAUUUCUAAAUCAGCACAUGUUCAGAAUACCUGUUGUAAGGAAAAUCAAUAGGAGAGCUGUUGUGUCAUGCCUGGCUUGCAAACCACCCUGGAAUUUCUGAAUGGUCACUGUUGAUAACAGAAUGCUAGACAGAUGAACUUUGAUUGCUGGGAUGCCACAAUUACUUUCCUGUUCUUAUGAGGAUUUGGUCCUACUCUUUGGCUUCAAGUCAUUUGUCCCUCAUAUCUGCUGUGUGGCGGCUGCUUUAUGUUUCUCAGUGAUGAGGGAGCAAGCAUGCAGCAGAGGCUUACUUCUUUAUUGCUGCACAUAUUCCAGGGCUGAGACAAUACAGAAAUAUAUACUAGGCUUGCUUUUUCUCCAUUUAGCAGUGUGGGCCUACUUGCAGGGCGCUGGUCUGCAUGUAACCAUAAACCAAGAAAUUCAGUAGUGUCCUGAACUUUCCAGAAGCAGGGGUUAGUGGCUAGUGGGAUUGAUUGAUUCAUUACAUUUCUAUAUCUCAUGAUAACAACUUUCUUGGGCAGCUUGCAAUGUCAGUAAACUAUUAAAAUGCACCGGUCACUUACAGAAGAAUAAAACAUCAGGCUUCAACAGAAUUUAAAAGAUUUAAGAUUAAUUUAAAGAAAUUGAAGAAAUUAAAAAGGUUUGUGCCUGCCACAAAAAACUCUAAAGUAGGUGCCAAGUGAGCCUCUCUGGGGACAGCACUCUGCAGCCAAGGUGCCAGUGCCAAAGGGGGCCUCUCUCUACCAGCCCCUUGCUAAAAGAUAUUGUAGUUUAAUGUUGAAUGAACAGCCUGCUGGUGCAUGCUGAUCAAUAAUGCCUGAUUUGCUCCUCCUCGGCCCCUGCUUUUGCUGCAUUGAGGAGAAGACAAACCAGAUUCUUUCUUCACAUUAUAUGGAAACCCAUCCCUUGCCUUUUCCACAUUUGUGGAAGCCAGGGCAAUUCCUCCUUGAGCUCAGCUUAAGUUGGCUGACCAUGGUAAGUCCCCCAAAGGGGUUGUUCUGGGGGUGCAGCAAUGGGGUAGGGCAGGACAGGGGCAGACUUGUACCUAUUCCAAACGCCUUUCAGCUCAGCCAUGUGACCUAGCAACCCAGUUGAACUUACACCAGCAAAAAUGAUAAUGUAAGUCAAAGCCUUCUUUUAAAGUCUUGUUUUCCCUCUGCCAGGCUCAGGACAGCUCAGCAAGCACUAGCUGGACAGAGUUUGGGAAAGGAGUAACUUAUGCCUGCUUAACUCAAGGCAGUGUUAAGUUCUGCUGGAUUCCUAUAGUUAGGAUUGAUCUGUUUUUUUAAUUUAAUAGUGAUGAUCUUCUAGUUCAUAUGGAGGUCAAUUUCAGCAUAAAGUGUUCAUCUGUUGCAUAUAUAUAAUCAUUUACAUAUGCAUAAAGGAUUAAUCAUUUCAAAUGUACUUGUAAAAUUAUUCACAAACAAUAUUGAGAGCUGGACUGACAGGAUUUGAGCUCAUUCAAACAAGGUGAAUUUAUUAUGCAGUUCCUUGGAACUUUUAUCAACAAGAUUAAAUUGAAAAUAGUUUUGAGAACAGUUUAUCAGGUGAAAAAUUUCAGUGUUAAGUUUGCAAGAAACUCAUUCAUGAUAAUGCAUCUGUUUCUCUCUCUCUCUCUCUCUCUCUCUCUCUCUCUCUCUCUCUCUCUCUGUUUUUUUAAAAAAGGAAACGUCUAUUUUAUCAUCUGGAAUUUUACCAGCCAGCCCAGGUAAGAGGCAAUGAGAUUUUUGCUAGAUGUUGACACCUGUUGAUUUCAGUACUCAGGGAAAUGAAAUUACAAGUUAAGGUCCCAAUCCACAGGACUGCAAUAUUUAUUCUUGGACUUAAAAGAAAAACAAGUCUUAAGCUUAAGGAGAGCAAAGUAUUAAUAAAUUCACUCUGUAUCAAAAAGAAUUGUAAGCUCAUGUGUGCCAUCCCUCACACUGUGCUGAUUUUACAGCUACCUAUAUUUACCUGGUCUUUGAGCCCUAAUCCUCUUUCUUUGUGGGUUAGGGCAAGUAUGUACAUGCACACAAAACAAAAGCUCCCUCCUGUUCUUUCCUUCCCAUCCCCACCCCUAUAACUUUGCUUCAUAUCAGGUAUAUUUUCCUUACGAGUCAUGUGUGCCAUCAGAUCCUGCUUCUAUGGGCGCCGGCAUUCAUUUCAGUAGAGGAAACAGCAUGGUACAUGCAAACAACCUCCUCCAUAGAAACCAACCGACAAGUUUUUGGUUGUGGAUCUCUGUGUGCCCACAUUUCCCACUAGUUGAAGGUUCUAGUUUGUCUUCAAAGUCAACAAGGUCCAAGACAGAGAGCAUUACAAUAGUCAGACAUAGCAAAACCCCCUCAACUACUUUCAAUAAGCAUUCCUAGUUACUCUACCUCCAAAGAUGAGGAAAUAACAGCCCUGUCAGUUGCAGCCAAACCAACCUCUGCCUCCUGGGCCAAAUCAAACUCUCCAGAGUCCAAAGAGAUCCCGCCAGAAUCACCUUUGUCUUCUCUGGCAUGAGCUUCUGCCAUGCAGGACUUGGAAGUAAAUAUGAGGAUUGAAAUCCAAUACACAUCUGAAGGCAUUAGCCUUCUUGACCCAAGCUGACCUAUUUUUCCAGAAGUUACUUAAGAACCAAAUCAAUCAAUUUUUUAUUUUUUGGAAAAAUAGGUUUCAAAUAAUCUUUUGACUUUAUGUUCAUUUCUAUAUGUAAUCUGUUCUUACAAAUUAAUAAUGAUUAUUAUCACAUAACAAUGUGCAUCUAGGUGCAAGGCCAAUUAAAAUAAUUCCUGUUGACAUUAUGUUACUUGGUUGGAGAUGGCUAUUCCAUUUCUGUUGUCAUGCAAGUGGGAAUACAUAUCUAAUUUUGUUGUCCUUGGCUACUAGUCAUGUGCAGUUGUUAUAUUGUGGUCAGUUGUGUUAUAUUUUUAGUGUUAAUGAUAUCUAAUGGAUAUCAGAAAGGCUGCAAUAGGAAAUAGAAAAAGCUUUUAACUGAUUCCUUUCAUCAGCUGAAUUAGCUUUAGGAAGCAUUUGCAGAAUUUUUGUUCAAAGCAAAGUCAAUGGAAUAAUGACUUCAUCUCUCAGUGACUCCAAAGGUGGGGGGAAUAGUAGUAGGAAGAAGAAACAGGGAAUUGAUUUAUCUAUUACUGCCCCACUGCCACGAAUAUCUCUACAAAGCAAUUUAUUUUGAGCAACUGGGCACAAUAGAACCAUAAAUGUAGCUAAAGAUUUUUAGUAUUAAGUUGGAGAUUUUUUAAAAACAGGUGGUGCUUCUAGGAUAGUGUUUUGGUCCCUGAAAGCAUAUAAAGGACAAACUUUACAAGUAGAUAGGCAUAGUAUUUGGAGAGGCAAUUUCCUCAAACAAACCUAGGUCAAAGAAGCAAGUACUCAGUAUUUUUGAUGAGAUAGAUAGUUAUGCUUUAUUUUUCUAUUCAGAUAGGAAGGGCUGUGUGUGUGGAAAGUCACAGGCAGUAAUCUUUGCAUUUAAACUGCAAGUUGGAAGACCUUUUGUGAGGAAGUGCAUCACAGGAAUAAUGGUUUUGGUAGGAUCCCCAUGGUCAAAGCAAUGUUUGCUGUAGUUCUCGGUCCUUGGAGUUCCUGUGAUGAAUUAAUAUGUUUGAAUUAUUUAAGAAAAUGAAGUUUAAUGAGGAGUAAGCUCCAUGAAAGAUAAGAAAAUCCUGUUUACAGAUGAUCUUCUCGAGUUCAUUUUUAUGUCCAUCUUAUGUGGUACCGAUCCUGAAGUGCAGAUUGCACCAUAUGGGAAAGCAACUGUUCCCUUGUAGAAAUUGUAAAAAGUACCGUGACAAACUUUUCUCUCAAGUUUGAUAGGUUUAACAGUUUUGAUUUUCCAGGUGUCCCCUCACAUAAAAUUGAGGUGAACUAGUCCUUCUGUGGAGCUGUACCAUUUAUAAUCAGAUGUGUCUGCUAUUACUGUCAUUCAGUUAGGUAGACUGUCUUAAAAGACUCUGGGAAGGUUGCAAGUAUCACAGCACUCCCGAACCCCAUGCACCAUGACCGAUUAGCGCACGGUGCAAACUCUUCAAACGGUGGUAGUAUUUAUUCCCUUCAAAGUGUUCUUAGAAGCAUAUAAUACUUCCUAGAUAAUCUCCAUAUUUCUUGACUGAGCCACAUUUUUUAAUCCUUUGCAAGGAAACUUAAAGAAUUGAGACAUGUGCGUUAUUAUUACUGUCCAUAUUGUUGUUUAAAAUUGGAAUAAUAAUAAUAAUAAUAAUAAUAAUAAUAAUAAUAAUUUAUUAUUUAUACCCCGCCCACUCUGGGCGGCUUCCAAAAAAAUAUUAAUGUAUAGAUUUCUGUAUGCUCUAGGUCCUAAAGGAAGCUAUGAAUUUAUGAUGCCACCUACAGAGUCUGGCGCUCCAUCUGAUCCUGAAGAAGCUGGUGAGUAAACUGACUUGCAGCAGAGUACACAGACUGGUGGUGAUUUCAUAUGAAUAGGCAGACAGAUUCAGUUCAAUGGGUGGCGAGGGAACACUCCGAAUGACACAAGGCGUCGGACAAACUCUUAAUGGGGGAUAUGCAGAAACUCAGUUCCAGCACCUCUCAGGUGUGUGCCGUUGCAAUUAUAAGAGAACGAGGGAGGUGUUCAUGGUGAGUUCUGGCACCUCUUUUUCUCGAAAAAAAGCACUGGGGAUAUGAUUAGGGCCCAAGCAGGCACUUGCUGGAGGAACAACGUGAGCUACUUCCUAAAUGAAAAAGCCAUGAACAUAUAGGGAGGGUUCCCUGGAGUAUUACAAAGCAUACCUCACCCCAAGAGAGUUUUGUUUUCCAUAGAAUACCCAACUUUAAUCAGACCUUUGCCUUGCCCAGUCCUCUUUUCCUCAUUUCUAAGCAUGUAUAUCAAUAUAAUCUUUGUGGAGAAUCUGUAGAAGUUCUUUUAUUCGUAAGUUAUUCCACUGCCCUUUACUGGGUAAUUUCCUCUCAAUGAAAACACAAGCUUCAGAGGAAGGAAUGUCCCUCAGAACAAAACAGGGGAGGAUAGGGUUAUAUUCCCCACCCCCAGCUGCUGCAGUCCUGAUCAUUAUCAUUGCCCCCCCAUCCAGCUGAUGCUAUUUGCAUUUUUUUAAACUUCCACUGUAAAUGCAAAGGUGUACUUUCCUAUGCUGAAAUGAACAGGGUGGGGGGCUUUUAAGCAGGAGAACUCCAUGAGUGCAUGAAUUCAAAGAUUUCCCUUCUUGCCUUACACCCAAGUUGAUGUCUUUUUACUUCUUCAGGGGGCUUAAGUUAAUGUAUCUUUUAAAAGCAUGUUCCUUCUCAUGGCAGGGGCAGUAGGUUAUUCAGCAGACCUGCCAAUGGCUGAUCGAUUGCAUGGUGAAAUGGCAACCUAUGUUAAUAUUCCUACCAGCCCCACAUCAAAGAAACAGCUUCAUUACAUGGAGUUGGAACUUCAGGAACCUAGUACAAGCAUAAGAGGUAAAAUAUCUUUGAAAGCAACUGAAGCAUUUUUCUGUUGUUUUUGCAUAACAUUUUAGGCUGUUCCAGGGACCUAAAGGGGCUUUUGCAAAGCUACACUGUGGCAUGGUCCCCUUUUACAGAUGCACCAAUUACCGCUGGUUAUUGGGUACUUGUUAGCUCCGAUGCACUAUUGCUACAUGCUUUAUUUUUUCUCUUUGAUUUCAAGUAAUAUACAAUCUCCAACUAUUUAUUUGCUGCUCUGUCAUGAAUUUCUUUACCACUUUCAAUGUGUGACAGGGGGCUAGGUCCUGCUGCAAUAUCCCAGUACUGUCAGGAUACCUCUUUUCCAGCUCUGGAAUAACUCUCUUUCGCAGAACCUCAAUAUAUUGUGGCGAGCGCAUCAUUCCUUCUAUAGGCUGCAGGCUUCUGACACCAUAAUGAUCAACUGACUUUUCGUGUUUGUUUUGAGUACAGGAUUACGAGUAAGAUAGAAAACAUGCUUUGUUUCAAUUAAUUUGCACAAGGGUGUAGAGCUGUCUGUCAGCAGUGGGUAGGUGCUCUUGGAAGCCAUACUACCCUGGCACAAAGUAUUUAGAGAGAAUAGCGCGGAACUCUUAAGAAGCUCACUGGAGAGUAGCAGAAGCGUCCCCCCUAAGGAGAUAUUGGAGAAGUAAUUAGACAAGUAGGAAGAUAACCAUUUGAGGACAGAAUCACAGUGAUCAAGGGAAAUGAGGGGGUGAUCAACUGUUGGCUCUUCUGAAUUAUCUGUUCAUGGAGCAUCCUGAUUUGGUUGCACAAAGCUUACACCCUGAGACCUGCGGGUAUAGGGAGGUAUACAAAUUUAAUUAAUAAUAGUAGUAGUAGUAGUAGUAGUAGUAUAAUAUAUGAUACAAUAUCUUCUUUAAAUUCAUUAUUUGCUUGUGCAGAAGUUAUACAUCUUCGCAUCAGUCAACCAUUAUCCCACACUUUUUAAUGCAUUUCCCUGCUACUUUGCUAUACACAAAAAAUUGUUUUUUAAAAAGUGUAUUUGUUGGGCCCAGAACAACACAGCACUUUAAUUGAGCAAACCUUCAUUUCUGAUAUGCAGUGAAAUCCCUCCUACAGAAUAGUGACAUUCUGGAUGUGACCCAUAUCUAAGGGAGCAAAAAUGUUGAGGAAUCGGAGAACUGAGGACUGAGUAGAGGCCAAGAUAUUUGAUAUGUUUGAAUACGAAUGGGAAGGAGCCAGAGGAGAGGAGUUUGAUAGUGUGCUUUAUUUUACUUUUCUGUUUAGUUUUUUUUCUGUUUGGUAUGUUGUUUUCUAUUAUUAUUUUUAGUUUAAUUGGAAUUUUAUGGUAUAUAUUAGGUUGAAAACCUUUAAUAAAAUUAAUUUAAAAAUGACAAUGUGGAAAAGAGCACAGUUGAUGGUAGCUGGAAGCCAGGAAAACACAGGUUAGGUCAGGAUUAUAGGGUGGUCAGCUCAUCAGAUGUGGCAGGGACGAAGGAAGAAAGGUUGGAAGGAAGUAACUGAAGAGAGGAAGGAAAUAGCUCUGGUGGAUUCAAUUUUGGUACUUAAAAAGUGCAUUCCUACAAUAGGGUUCUGCAGCUGCAUAUUUUCAGAACCUUUUACAACUCCUUCGCUAGGGAGGAAGCAGCGGUUGCUGAUACUCAUUAGGGCUGGCAGCGUGGAAGACAAAGAGACCAACAGAACCCAUGGCUGGCAGUCCAAACCAGCUCCAGCUUUUUCUCCAUCCCUACAGGGGCAAUGCUGAGAUUAAGGAGAAGGAAAGUGACAAGUAGUGAUACUUCCUGGACUGGUUGAGAUUAAGGAGAAGGAAAGUGACAAGUAGUGAUACUUCCUGGACUGGUUGGUAGUGCAAAAACAAACAGGCGGCAGCUGAUUGUGGGGCAGUGCCCCAUCUACCCUAGCAAACUAGUGUCCAGGAGGAUGAGAUGCUCUCCAUCUUCCCAUUGGGUACAGAGCAGCCCAUCUGGGUCUGCUUCGUGAAGACAAGCAUCUUUCCAGCAGGAAAACGAUGUGGAAGGAAAGAUGGUCCUGAGCAGGAGCACUACUAAUGGGGAAGUUGUGGGAUGUGAAACACAGAGCAGUCAAGUACAACAUCCCUAGAGUGGACAUAAAAAGGGGAUGUCUGGACCAGCCAGUCGGAAUUUCCUGUUUCCUCCUAGGCUGGGACAGGCUUUCUCUACAUGUGACCAGAGGUGGGCAUGGCCUCACCUGUGCAGGAACAAAAGCAUAGGACUGGCCACCAUCUCUCUCUCUCUCUCUCUCUGACUACAUUCGUCAAAGAAGCAACAUCUGCUUUUAGCCUAAGAUGCUCCCUUGGCUUCCAGCCAAGAGAGGACAAAGGGACUAUCUCUUUAUGGGAUAGAUUCCAGGUAUAUUACUUUUAUAACUUAAGUAUGCCUUCUGGGAUCCAUCUGUGAACAGAAUGUGAGUGAGUAAACUCUUUUAUACUUUUAUAGAAGACUGUAUUGUGUCUAUUUCUUUUAUGAGGGACUAAAAGGGAAAUUACCAGGUACCCUAUUUUAGAGGCUUUAGCGAGCCUGAGCAAACGCAUCCGCUGUGCAAGUUUAAAAAGGGGAAUGUUACUCUGCUAAAUUGUAGAACUUGUUAACACAAGUUGGAAAGGAUAUAAUCAAGCAAUAUAUCCUCUCCUGCAUCCCUGAACAUUCCCACAGAAGUGCUGAUACACUGCAACAUUAUGUUGUAGGUUCCACUUGUUUGUUUGGAUUCUGAGCUACAAGAGCUUAACUGUUUCUUGAUGCUAUGUUUUCCAGUAACAAAGAUUAUAGCUUUUAAGUUCUGGUGUGGGUAUUAUUAUUUGUGCUGUGUGUGAUAUCAAACUGAGUAUUAUUGUAUUCUUACCUAAUUAUCUUAGGUGAAAGUACAUGAAGAUGUUAUAACCAUGGCAAUGUUUUUUGCCAUAGGGAGUGGAUCAACUAAAUAUGCCCAGAUUGACAUUACAGCGACAGAGACUGCUCAUAAAGUAGGGACACAACAUGCCCAGUUCAGAGAAGAGCGUCUGCAAGAGCUGGAACAGAAGAAGAAAGGCUCUUCAUAGCUGCCCCUAACAUAGUACUUGUAAAUGUUUCAUGAGUUUAUUAAUUUAACUAAACGCUGCCAUCGUUUUCAGAUUUGUACCAGAUUCAUUCCAAUCUAUUCAUUUCCAGUUGGAAAACUGGUAGCAUGGGGUGUGUGGGUUUGUGUGUAAAAACAUUGGUUGUACACAUGUAUGACAGAUCACUUACGUUGUAAUUUUUUUACUAUCUUGACAAAUCAGGUAUCAAAUACAAAUGAUUUUCAAACUGUGGCAUUUAAUUUAAAGACAUUUGAAUGUGUUGUGUGUUAACAAGGAUGUACAUGUAGCUAAGUAUACAUUAAAUAUUGGUCUAUACAGCAUGCGUAUUGACAAGAAUGCUGUGUUUUGUUAAGAGUUAAGGUAGCUUUUCAUGCUAUUUUUCAAAAGUCAAAGACAGAUUUCUCAUAAGGAUCACUGUUGGAGAACAGAUACAGCUUUAAAUUUCCAGCUAUUUCUGCUUUUUGGCAACUCUUGAGUUGUAUAGGAAACGUAAUUAUUAAUUAUAAUGAAGAAAUAAGAUAUUACCAAACAGUUUCUCUUUAACAGUUGCAGCAGCAACACUAUUGCCAGUGCAGGCAAAGCCUAACUGCAUGGCAAGUGAAGCUUUGCUCCACUUCCCAGGAAAAGAUACACAGGAAAAUAGGCUCACACACCUACUUGCUUCUUGCCUGACCAAAGGCAGCUGCCACUCUACUGUCCCACUUUGUCCUGGCAGCAUCGUAAGGGACAACAGCAAGCCCACAUUCUGGCCUUUGAGCUGGUGCCUCAGUGCUGUAGCACACUAGCUCAGUUCUUAAACAAAAUCAUAACGGUAGAGGCAAUGCUGAACAGCAAAGCAACAGCCAAUCGCACCUUGAAUAAACCAAGUUGCAGUCCGUAAUUCACAGUAGAAGUUGCAGAAUUAAGGCACACCAGCUACGCUGAACAUUAUGGGUAGUCUUCAGUGGCAGCCAUGUGCUGAUGGAAGGAGUCUGUCAGAGGAAUGGACCAGGGGUGGGACCAGUGGCAGAUCUCCAAAAAUGCCACCUUGGACUCCUUUGGGAGAUAAAUAAUUUGAUAAAUAAAAAUUGCCUCCCUCCCCAUUCUGCUGGUGGAUUCCUAUUAUCUGUGGAUACACCACCUUUCUUCUUUUUUGGCUUGUUUAAUUGGACUUUUGAAAAAUAACAUUUAUGGCAACCUCAUCUCUUGAUAAAAUAGGUAUGCUGUCAAUGACUUCCUCUGGGGUUUUUGGGGUUUUUUUACAAGUUAACUUUUCUACUAAAGCAACACCCUGACUUACUUUUUUUAUUAGAUUUAACUAGUGACUUUGGAUCCAGCGGUACCAUGUAGAAUGAACUGGUAUCUCUGCCAUCUUCCCCUCCGUCAGAUCCAAUUUAUUAUUUACUCUGCUGAAACAGGUUAAUAUAUUAUUCCUGUCCACAUUUCAUGACUGCACCACUUUCUUUGUUUAUCUCACUUUGUUUAUUUCAUGUAGUUUAGAGUUUGGUUCAACAUCCUAAGAAACUGUCACAUGAUUUUAUAGAAUAUUGUAAGGGAUAGUUUAUGCAGAAUCCAUGGCCCCUUUUCAAAAUAGAGAUUUGCAUUUCGAUUUCCCAAGUUUGCCUCAAAAGGUGGCUGAAACAAAAACUCUCACAGGGGUGCUUGAUCAUGACCUUUGGGUCAACCGUGUGGCUUCCUCUGUUGUUUCCAUAACCUGCUUAUGCGCAAAUCCAUCUUCACCUAGAUGGACAUUUCUUGCCUUCAGUUUCUGUGGGCCCAAAUGAAGUAAGUGUGUCUAUCCUUUGUUUUCAUUUCAUUUCAUUUCAGUGUUUUAAUUUGUCCCAUUUUCUGAUUGAGAUCAUGUCUUACAUGUAUUUUCCCACUUAAUACAACUUUUCCACUGAAUACUUAAAAUAUGGAGGUGCUCUCAAGCAAAGAAGUUGCUAUUUUAUGAAAAGUGGCACUAAUACUACUGACACAAUUCAGCUAUUAGUGCAUUGCACUCUGGGCUUUAGCAACUAUAACAGUAUUCCAUAAACAGUAUAUUUAUUUACUCUUGCAAAUAAGUAGUCAAAAUAAUAUUUACCCGAAUUCAUAACAUUUAUUGCAAGUAUAGCUGCAGAUACUUAGAGAACAGUGUUCUAUCUAUUGGAAAGUCAGUAAUGUCACUGUACUUUGUAUUGAAGGAUUGGUACAACUGAGCCUUUAAUUCUAUAAAUGUUUUUAUAUUCAACUGUAGUCUAAUACAAUUUACUAUUUAUAAUUUACUGCUGUGUCUUUUUGUAUCAAACUGCUAUUAUUCAAAGUUGUUCCUGGCAAUGCAGUGGUUUAAAAGAGAAAGUUAAACAAUCUCAUAAUAUUCAAAUAAUACCCCCUUCUAAGUAUAAGAAUUGUCCACUUGAGCACUUACCACUAUUUUUUGCCUCCAGUUGUGCCUGUCAGAUGAGAACUCCCAGGAUAGCUACUAGAUAGGCAGAAUGAGCUAUGCUUCAUUUCACACAGCAUACUAUAAUGUGAAAGAACCAGAAUUCUGUGAUACCACUGAAAUUCACAUUUGAUGCGAAUUUCACUUUUUAUGAUCAGCUUUUGCCUCCAUACUACUAUACAAAAAUUAAAAAACAAGAAGCAGUUUCUCCUUCCAACAAACCGCAGCAACUCUGCUGAUGGGAAGUUAUAACAAUUAUACAAAAAUAUAAAAUGAUUUUUCCAUCAGUGCCUUUGAAAUUGAAAAGUGGAGUUCUUUCAGAAAUACAGUUCUCCGCAUGGGUGUUCAGCAGGGUAGGGACACCCCCACCCCAAUAAAAAACAAUGUUCUCCAGAUCCCCAGCUAUCAUUUUUAAACAGGUACGUUUCUAGCAUUUAUUUGUAGCGUCUGAUAUAUGAAGCAAAAUGUACAGGCACUUUUCUUUUCAUGUUGUCUGUGGAAAAACUGGCCUGCUCCAUUCAGUGUUUUAUAUUUCAGUCACCCAGAAAAAUUCAUGGCUCAAACCUAUGGCUCUCCGUUUAUUUCUGUUUCACAAUACUUUGACCUUUUCCGUAAAUGCAUUUUCAUUUUCCCUUCCCCAUUCUACCAUUAAACCAAGUACUGUAUACCUUAGAUGGUAUCUUGUAAGUACACUUAACAAUUUUUCAAACCAAGUUCCAGUGUACAGUGGUACCUCUAGUUGCGUUCCGCUCUUGUUAUGGACUUUCAACUUAUGAAUGCGGCAAACCUGGAAGUGUUUACUUUGGGUUCGCCACGCGCACAUGCACAGAAGUGAUCUGCGCACCUCGCGCAUGUGCAGAAGCGCUCGAUCGCACAUGCGCGGAAGAGGCGCUCUAGUUGCAGACUUUUCGGGGUGCGAAGAGCACCCCGAAACAGAUUAAGUCCGCAGCUAGAGGUACCACUGUAUUCCAACAUUGCUCACUAAGGAUGAACUCCAAUAAUUUACCUGGGAGUAAGUUCCAUUUAACUCAAUGGGACUUUCUUCUGAUAAGACAUGCAUGGAGUUGCACUAUAAAUAACUAAAUAUAUGCUAUAAUAAACAUUUUCAAACAAAAAAUUGUCCUCAAUUUUUAUUCAUAUCUAUACAUAGUAGAAAGUAUUCUAUUCUAUUUUAAGAACUAACACAAUUGUCAGGUUUAAACAUAUACUGUGAUCUUGAACUGGAUCAAAUCUAAAAUUUUGAACCUAAUCAUUAAACUAGGAGGAUGCAUAUGAGACAAUAACAGUACUUAAUCUGGAUCAUUUUCCAACGUGUAUAAAAGAAAUGAAUUACAGGAUUAGCCAAGACAUUUACUUGCCAUUGUUUUUUACUGAAUCAUAUGAAUGUCUAUAAAAGGAAUCUCUAAGGGUAUUAUCCAACUAGUUUCUUCUGUCAGUGCAAGGAUUUAUACUUGUGCAAUGGAACUCACCCUGCUUAAGCCCCAUGUACCCUGCACCCUCCCCAGAUCUGAUCCAGAGGGUUGGGAGGAGACCACAACAGAUUUAGGGAGCCUUUGCUUGUUUUGAUAUAGAAUCUUGCAUGCAAGUCCAGAUCUUUUAAUCCUGUUAAUGUAUACCUUUAUCAUUUUCUCCUUUAUUUGGGUAUAUUUAUUCAUAAUGUAAAAACAAAAACAAUUUAGAAUUACAGUCAAUUCUUGCUGUUCUUGGUUGCAAUCUCUUUGAUUCACAAAUAAUUCAAAGAAAAUUCUUUAACGUCUACUGCUAAGUAAUACAUAGAAAUAAUUAACUUUCUUCUUCCAAGGGUUUUUACAAAAAGCUAUAACUUUAAAGACUGGUAUUAUGAUUAUUCCCAAAAUGUCCUACUUUAAUUUAUUUAACUACUGGAAAUCUAGCUAUACUUUUUUAAAAAGCACUGGAUCUGAUAGCAUUAACACCCUAUCACCAACAUUUAAUGUUAAUUUUCUUUAUUUCUAAGAGGCAUCCCUUUAAUUAGUUCUUACUGCUAUUGCUCAGAUUUUAGUACUCUAAAUAAAAAAUAUUGGCAAAAGGGAACAAAUCUGUCAUGUUCUUCUUUUCAAUAAUGCUGUUUCUGACCAUCUAUUACUUGGAGUAAUCCUAGGAAUGGGUCUAUCAUAAAUACUUGAAAACUAAUUCACAAACUUGAGUUCUCAAAAUAAAUGUAGUUAAUACUGCUUUUUAACAAAGGCUUCUCUACAAUAUCAAAUGCUUUUUGAGCAUCCAACAUGGUAAUUCAGUUUUUUUGCCUUGUUAUUAAACUGAAACUAGUAAUAGAUAAUGCCCUUAAAUAUGUUUCAAUAUGCUAUUUGAUGGAAGGUGACAUGAAGGCACUGUAUUGUAAUUCUGAGUUAAUUAUUUCAUAGUCGCUUCUGCUUUGCACAUAAUUUCCCCAUGAUAAGGCUAAAUUGAUCUUAUACAUAAUUUUCCUUUUUUUCAUAAUUUAAGUAUCUUUCAAAAUUGAAAUAUCAAACGCUAGUAUCUGAUCUGAUGUCAUUUCUUAAAAUUAUUUUUGUCUUUUUCUAACAUCUAUUUGGUUUUGUUUAUACUUGUUGUAAUGAUUGAUAAACUGGAUAACCCUUUUCAGCAAUAAAAGGGGUGACU